UUGACCUCCAGGGCGUCCACAGCAGUGUUUAACAGGCACAAAGGGAACUCUUGCAAGUAUCUCCUGUUUACAUGCCAGAUUCCCCUGCUUGUUCACACAAUGUUCAAAAGGCACAAGUCCCUGGAACGCAAGAGGGAAUUGUUAUUCCAGGGACUUCAACAGUCCACAAUGAAGAAUAAUACAAGAAAUUUCCACUCUUUGUCACAACUUGUACUCUCAGCAGGCCCACUCAAAACUACUACAGCAGUCAAACAUUCAAAAACAACUCACUUUGAGAUCGAAAUACUGGAUGCUCAUACAAGAAAACAAAUAUGUAUUGUGGAUAAGGUCACACAAACUUCAACUAUUCAUGAUGUCAAACAGAAGUUUCACAAAGCAUGUCCAAAGUGGUACCCUUCUCGAAUUGGCCUACAACUAGAAUAUGGUGGCCCAUAUUUGAAGGACUACAUCACAGUUCAAAGUGUCGCAGCUUCUUCGAUUAUCACACUCUAUUUUACAGACUUGGGUCAACAAGUCGGGUGGACCACAGUCUUUUUGGCUGAAUACUCAGGACCUCUGUUAAUAUACCUUCUUUUUUACUUGAGGAGCUCAUACAUAUAUGAUGUCAAGGAGAGCUCUAGAUGGCCCCGGCACCCUGUGGUACACUUGGCUUGCUUCUGUCAUUGUAUCCACUACAUCCGACACCUUCUGGAAACUUUAUUUGUUCACAAAGUUUCUACAGGACACAGUCCUGUGAAAAACUUGAUAAAGGGUUGUGCAUUUUAUUGGGGAUUCACUUCUUGGAUGGCUUAUUAUAUUAAUCACCCAAGAUAUACACCACCAUCAUUUGGAAACAGGCAAAUAAUGGUGUCUGCUAUCAACUUUUUGUUCUGUGAAGCUGGGAAUCAUUUCAUCAAUACAGUAUUGGCUCAUCCAAAUCACACAGGUAGCAAUGCCUGUUUCCCAAGUCCAAAUUACAACCCCUUUACAUGGUUGUUUUUCCUGGUUUCCUGUCCUAACUAUACCUAUGAGAUUGGAUCCUGGAUUAGUUUCACAGUCAUGACCCAGACACUUCCAGUUGGUAUUUUCACAAUCUUAAUGACCAUCCAGAUGUCUCUGUGGGCACGAAAGAAGCAUAAAAUAUAUCGGAAGAAGUUCAACUCAUAUGUUCAUAGGAAAUCAGCCAUAAUUCCACUCAUAUUAUAAGUAAAUAUAGCUAUUCUAACCUGAGCAAGAAAUGCAGAAUAUAAAUUCACUAAAAAAGGCUUAGGAAGUGAUUGCCUAUUAUAAUGCAACAAUUGAUGAAUAACAAUAUUUUAAUGAAAUAGAAAUGGAAUUUCACUAAAUUUCUGUUGUGAACUAGAGUUAAUAAAAAGCAGGAAUUAAUCUAAGCAUGAGGACUUAUCGCUGAUUCCCAGCCUAUUGAAAGUUGAGUCAGGAGGAUUGCCUUGAGUGAGAGUUCAUACAUAUAAAUUUAUGAUGGAAAGACAUCAGUACAAUGAGAAUGAGAAAAAUAAAACUGAUGUUAUCAAUACAAAUAUUAAAAUAACAUUGAAUUAUUUGCAAGAGCUUGAUCUCAAAAUAGUCUUAUUGCCUUAAUAUGUCAUAGCAGUAUUAUAUAGGGUAAUUAAUUGAAUUAGCAGGAUUCUGGGCUGGCCACCUGGAUUGGUGCUUAGUAUUUUCUUGUUCUUCUCAGAACUUUCCAUAUUCUGUUUACGCCUCAGAAACAUCUAUUAUUAUUCCCUUAGACUUUGUCGCAUCUUAUUUUGUUGUUGUUCAUGUUAUUGAAAUGUUUCCAGUUUUACAUCGUUUGACACUCAAAACAGCAACACAAACACUGUCACCUCCCUGCAGGAAACUGCAAACCUCAGACUUUCAAAAAAUUAACAAUUUGUUUUGUUAUUCCUCAAAUUUAUUGUUUUUUUAAAUCUAUAUGAAAACAUUAUAGACAGGCACAUCUUGGCUUAGAUAGUGAAAAGAUGGCCUAGUUCAUAUGAAUAUAAAGAAUUUAUAGGUACUAAUGAAAACCAAUUAGAUGCAAGUAACAUAAACAGUUCUAAGUUUACUUCAUACAUCACUGUUUUAUCCUAUGGCUACAUGGAACAUAUAUGAUAAAUAUCCAAUCUGCAAUACCCAGUCAAUCACCCAAUUUGUACAUAAAAUGGUGGUGAAUUAUUUAUGUCCAAUGACACUCUCACAGACUAAUGUAGCUCUUAGUCUGUUGAUCUAUUAUUGUAUUUCAUAUAUAGAAAAAAGAGUGCGUUUAGUAUGGUUUUGUGAAGAAAAAAGUACUCUUUGAGACAAGACCAGGUUGGUUCCUGAUCUCAUAGUAAAACAUGCUACUGCCUCAUUACUUCAAGGUUCGUACAAAGGAAAAAAAAAGAAAAACCAGAUAUAUUCUCAAGUAGAAGUAGAAAACAAAACAAAACUGAGCAUCUUUCAGUUUCCAUAUAUUAAAAAUGUAAUUGGUAGUGCUCUUGACAAACCGUAGCUUUGCACAUUCUGUUUGAAGUUUGUUAAAAAUAGUAGUUUAUGGAUUAGAACUGAAACUCUUGACAACUGAGUUUGUUAGACAUCAUAAAAUUGGAAAUAAAUCUAAUGUAUUUAGAAGGAACACUACAGUUAAUCUACUAAAACCAUUAGGGUUUAUGCAUAUGUGCUUAGACCUGAAAUUCCAAAAAUGUAAUGGUUUCAACAUGCCACAAUUUAGGUCAAAUAUAAUUAUAUAAUGUACCUAGAGAGAUAAACAUAAAAAACAAGGUCUUCAACAUAGUUAUAUAAUGUACAUAGAGAGAUAAACUUAAAAAAAAAAAAAAACAAAAAAAAACAAGGUCUUGAAGCAUCAGCUGAAAUACUAGACUUCAUUGCCUUAGUUUAUCAACUUUAGCCAGAAUCAUUUAAUACACAAAUUAUACUUGGAGUAUAAUUGGUUAUAUUUGCUUGUCUUUUUUUUUUUUUUUGGAUAAACAAUUUUAUUCUAUAUAUUCCUCUCCAAACUCCUCAUGUCUACACCCACAACUCUUUGCCUAUUCUUCCCCCCACCCCUCUCUCAGCAUUGUGACCUGCAGACUUGACUUGGGAGUUUUGCCUCAUCUCUGUGAGCUCACAUAGUCAGCCUGAUGAGUUUGAAGAAACUGUUUCCUCAGAGUUCUCUAUCGUUUCCGGGCUCUUACAAUCUUUCCAUCUCCUCAUUGGCAUAGAUGUCUAAGUCUUAAGGAAGGGGGUUUACUUAAGUUAAAGCUUAUAUCUUUAUUAAAAUGCUGUCUCUAAAAUGUAAGCGAAGUUAUAAAAUUCCUGAUUUUGCUUGUGUGUUGACAUUUUGCCAGGAAUGAAUUGAAAUUUUAAGAUGUUUCAGCUCAAAUUAAAAUUACUGGUCUCAGAUCAGGUCAAAAUUCAGCUAUUGGUUUAUGUCAAUUAUAGCAAUUUUGCUGCUGAAAUAAAAUUUUUCCUUGAAUUAAUAAUGAUGAUUCUUCUAUUUAUAUUGUUUACAGCAUAAUAGUCAAGAAAAUCCUAUGGUUUCCUCAAUAUAUUUGAAGCAAAUAUAGCAAAUAUUGCUUUAUAGGUUCAAUUAAAGUUACUUGUAGCUAAGUUGACAUAUACCAUCUGUGUAUAACAAUAAUAAUUAAUAAUAGAGUUUCUAAAGGCUGUUUAAAAGUUAAUUUUUGCCCAGAUUCAUAUAGAACUUUAUAAUUCCCCUUGGUUUCAAGGAGCCUCAGUAUAGAAAGUCCCAAAGACAGUAUUUCUUGCUAACAGGGAUACUUUAUUUUUUAAAUACUUUUUGGUGAUGAUGCAUGAGAACUGUAUAAUGAUACUUGGAAUUAUUUACAAAAUCAAUGUACAAGUAACUUGGAAUGACUUUUACCAAAAAAAGGAAUACCUAUUCCUGAAUUGAGCAAGAAACAAAGACCUCUAAUGUGCCAAAAUAAAGUAAAAUUUGUAUAAUAUAGUAAAAGGAAUCAAGCUAAUCACAAAAUUGAUUUCUUUUCUUUGGGGUCAUCACUCUACCAGCUUGGAAAGAUGUGUGGUAUCUCAGAAGAAUGCUGAAAUUUGAAUUUUGUUCUAUAAUUAAUUCUCUACUUGUUAUAACAUCUCCACAUGGAACAAUUUUCACAGUAAUUGAUCAAACAUGUAAACAUUUAUAUAGACAAGACUUAGGUAACCCCAUAGGCAUCUAUAAAGUAGAAUAGAGGGUCACUGUGAGAAAGCUUAUAAUGCUACACAUGAGCCCACACACAAUGAAGAGCUAUCCACUUGAGUAGACUCACAGUGCCAACACUCAAGGAUCUUGGCUACUUAAGAUAGCUUAUAUGCCUAUAGUUAUAUUUGUGAUAAUAGGAAGAGACAUUUUCUAAAAAUAAAUUCAUACAUAUAUACAAAUACUCAGAACUGGUUCAUAGUCUAACUCAACUUUGUUUGUUUUGUUCAUGCUGUACUGUCUUUUGAUUUUACGCUGCCAUAUUUACAAACAUUAUUAAUUUUUAUUUUAUGAAUAUUUGCAAGAAUGAGUUAUAUAAAUAAAUUCACUGUAAACUCAGUCACCCACAUGCCUUGGCAUUGCAGUGAGGAAAGAAGUCAAAGCCCUUCCUAUUUAAACCAUGGUCAAGCCCACGUUUUUAUUCUCUACUUCUCCUGUGUCUCCUAUCUGUUGAUUUAGUCUGCCUCAUGUGUGUCUCUUGUAUGCUUACGAAUCUGAGUCUGCCUGAAGACUGUUUUGUCUUGAGGAUCCACCAUCUGUUCCUGUGUCUUUGCCUUGAGUGAAAGGUUUUUGUUGUAUAUUUAUUGAACAGAUCAGAAAGCUUCACAUGGGGGGAAGAAAUGAAUGAUACUCUGGAUAAAAACUCAACAAGUAAGUUUCAAAUGUGUUAGUCCCCCCAAAAGGAACUCAGAAAUAAUAAAGGAAUAAU